GUUUCCUGGAAACUCACUAUGCCUCCCUUCUCUUCUCUCCCAUUUAAACCUCCCUUCAUCAUCGCUCUUUCUCCGCAACUACCUUUGUGUUCCUCUCCUUCUCCUUUCCUUCCUUUAGCUCUGCCCCACAUUCCCCCAUGAAGCUCCUCGGAAGCAUCCCCAAUCCAGGCAAGCUCUUUAAAUCCCUGAAACCUCGCUCCAAAUCCAGAUCUGAUGGCCCGUCCUCCCCCUCUUCCGAUUCCGACUCUCAAUCCGGGUACAGGAAGUCCACCGGCGGGCUGUCCACGCCCACCAGCGUCCUGCCCGCGGUCACCAAUGAGAUCUCCACUGAGGAGUGGUCUGACAUUUCCGCCGGGGUGUACGCCGAGCUCGUGCAGGCGUUCAAGCUGAUCGACAGCGACGAGGACGGGAAGAUCAGGAUGGAGGAGCUGGGCGCUCUUUUGAGCCGCGUUGGUGCCGAGCCGAUCGGCGAGGAGGAGCUGAGGAUGAUGCUGAGUGAUGUCGACCGGGACGGCGAUGGAUGCAUCAGCCUCGAGGAUUUCUGCGCGCUCAGCUCCGCCUUCGCGCCGCCGUCGUGCGACUCUGAGCUGCGGGACGCCUUCGAUUUCUUUGACACGGAUCACGACGGGAGGAUUACGGCGGAGGAGCUGUUUAGCGUGUUCAGAACCAUCGGCGACGCGCGGUGCACGUUAGAGGACUGCCGGCGCAUGAUAGCAGGAGUUGAUAAGAACCGGGACGGGUUCGUGUGUUUCGAGGACUUCAGCGUUAUGAUGGUGCACCAGAAAUGAUGGGUCACUGGUAUAUGUUUUCGGGUUUUGUAAUCGGGUCUGAAUAUGAAUGGAUAAAAAGGAUUCUAUAGUGGCUUGAACUCCGCCCGUAUAUCUUUGUACUGGAUUUGGUUUUCACCAAUCACCUGAGGAGUAGAUUUUAUACACACUUUAUCAGGAUCAUAAUGUGCCGAAAUUCAGUUGAAAAUAAACACUGAUACGGAAACAUUUCUAUAUUAAUCAUUAUGAAGUCCAUUGUGAAGGAAACGAAAGGAUUAUUUUUGUAAAUCAAAGGGCUGAAAAAGCUGUACCGACUCCGUCCAAAUUAAUUGAUAAAUCUUAUACUCUCUGUAUUUCUUUUGGCUUUGAGUUAAGCAAUGUAUUACUACUUCCUCC